UUCUCUCUUUGAUUCACCUUCUUCUUCUUUUCCAUCUGCAUCUUCUUAUUCUUCUUCUUCUCUUCACAACCUAAUCACUUCUUUAACUUUUUCUUCCAUCCCUCUUUGACGAUGAUGAUUGGGCUUAACCACAAACCCCUUUUGCAUCUUUCUCUUCUACUUGUGUUGCUGUUUUUUUCUUCGACUGAAUCCCUCAGAUUCGAGCUCCAAUCUGGUCACACCAAAUGCAUCUCAGAAGACAUCAAGAGCAAUUCCAUGACAGUGGGAAAGUACUCCAUCGUCAAUCCCAACGAGGGUCACCCUUUGCCUGAUUCACACAGAGUCACCGUUCGGGUGACUUCGUCUUAUGGGAACAACUAUCACUAUGGGGAUCGCGUUCAAUCGGGUCAAUUUGCAUUUGCAGCAGCGGAGGCUGGAGACUACAUGACUUGUUUCUGGUCUGUGGAUAACAACCCUCAGAUAACUAUGACUAUAGAUUUCGAUUGGAAGACGGGUGUUGCAGCCAAGGAUUGGUCUAAUGUUGCUAAGAAAGGACAAGUUGAUGUAAUGGAGCUAGAGCUGAAGAAGUUGUAUGAAACUGUGACUUCCAUUCAUGACGAGAUGUUUUAUCUUCGUGAAAGAGAAGAAGAAAUGCAGGAGCUCAACAGAGCAACCAAUACCAGAAUGUUCUGGUUGAGUUUGCUUUCGCUUUUUGUAUGCUUAUCAGUAGCAGGGAUGCAACUGUGGCACUUGAAGUCCUUCUUCGAGAAAAAGAAGCUCAUUUAAAAUUUUGUAGUAGUUGUUUCAUUUUUCUUAUGCGUUCUUGUAAAAUAUACCGGAAUUAAUUUAUCCAGAGUAUACGCAUAAUAUUAGUCUGAUGAUUUUUUUUUAAGAAAUCAAUUAAGCAAGCAACGUCCCUUGAUAGACACCAACUAUGAACACAAUGGUCGGUAGCUUGUAAAAUAU